CCCUCAACCCUGCCAGACGAGUCACCCGUGGGCGCGCCUGGAGACGAGGACUUAGCCAUCUCUUUGGCCAUCGAUGCCCUACAACAGUGCAGUGCUGAGGCCGAAGCACCGGUACUCAUAUUCGUGUCUAAAGUGUUUUGGACGGACAAGCAAAAGUCUCUGCACUCCAGCCAACCACCGGCUCCCUGGCCUUCGCAUUCGACCAAAUGCGGAAAUUUAGCUGAUGUUGCUGCUGCUGACCCAUUGGUUAGACCUAAUCUGUGCGCACUCGGGACGUUAUUGCUUUCAGUCAAAAAUCGGGUGCGUCUGAUUGGGGAAAGGGGUGUCUAA